AUGGCUUUCGGAAAAUUAUACACGCGUAAGCCAAAUCCUCGGACAACGGCAAUACUGGCUGUCGCCAAGGCUCAGGGACUCGAUCUCGAUAUUGUCUACCACGAUCGAGAGGACCCACACAGCCAUGAAGAGCUCCUGCGCAUCAACCCCCUGGCCCAGGUCCCAGUAUUCGUCGGUGCCGAUGGUUACAAGCUGACCGAAUGCAUUCCUAUCGCAUUAUACAGUUCCAGCAAACAAGACUACUUCAACAUCAUUCGGUGGAUGUCCUUCGCGAAUUCGGACCUGCUACCCGCCAUCGGCGGAGUCAUCCUCCCGGUCAUCGGUCUGCCUCUCGAGGUACGCAUGAACGACCAAGAUUGCCUCCGGGUCCUGCGCCGGGACUGCAAGCUUCUCGAGGACCAGCUGAAGAAGUCCAAGUACCUGGUCGGUGAUCAGGUGACGCUCGCCGACAUGUUUACGGUGGGGCUCCUUUUCGGUGCUUUCAUGGUUCUCCAUAAGAUGCUGGAGGCUGAGUACCCUCGCUUGACGGAGUGGUACAACGAGGUUUAUCAUAUACCCAUGUUCAACAGCGUCGCGGGACCUUUGCAUAAGUUGGAUAUUCCUGUACCGACACUUAGCCAAAGCCAAAACUAG